UUCCCCAUGUCCAACCCUCAGCUUUGGGGACCCCAGAGUUAACCCCCGUCCUGCCAGAACGGAAAGGUUCCCCUGAGAUCUUUCACAGCUCCACAGGAAACAAUGCCCUGCUCCCGUCCACUGCGAGCCCGGACUCCUGGGUUCUCUCCCCAGCUCUGGGACAGGAAUGGGGGCUAGUGGGUGGGUGGGAUGGUUGGGGCUAGGAGCCAGGACUCCUGGGUUCUAACUUUCCUUCCUCCCACGUAGGAGCCAAGAUGCACAAAGUGGACCUACCGCUGGAGAACAAGGAGGCGGCUGCCCUCGAGGCACGGAGGGAGCGAGAGAAGCAGCGACUGAGUCGCAUCUUCAAUGCACGCCACCGCACCAUGGGGGUGGACGUGGAAGCCCUGAGGAGUCAAGUGGAGGAGCGGAAGCUGAGAGAGGAAACGGAGAAACGCCGGGAUGAGACCUAUGACGCCGAGCGGGUGCUGUGCGACCAGGUGGCGCAGAUGCUGGAGGAGGAGGAAUGCCAGCGGGUGCGGCGCCUCCACCAGGCUGUGCAGGAGUUCCGGGAGCAGCAGCAGCCACCCUCCACCCGGCGGGAGUGGGACCUGUACAACCCCGAGGGGCUGCGCCAGGACCACCCGGCCCGGGUCAGCGACUACGACCCCCACUGCGGUCCCGCCAGCCUGCAGCGCUUUGCCGGCGAGGACCUGGCGCUGCCCACCCGCCAUCAGCUGCAGCAGGAGCAGCAGUGCCACAGCCUGGAGGAACAGCGGGCCGAGUGGCAGCGGGCCAUGGCCGACUCCAAGUAUGCAGACAUGCUGGAAGAUAAGAAGCGGGUGGAGCUGGACCUGCGGGCACAGCAGCUGGCCCAGCUGGAGGAGGAAUGCCGCCAUGCCAAGGACCUCGCCACGGCCGACUACAACCGGGCCCAGGAAGCAGAGGCAGCAGAGCAGCACCGGCUGGCACAUCAGCAAGAACAGGAUGACAACCAAGCCGAGAUCCACAACCACCUGACGGGGCCGCUGUUGACAGAGGAUCCAGCCGUGGCUGACAGCCCGCUGGGGCCUCACCGUAUCCUCACCGACCGCUGGAAGGGCAUGAGCCCCAAGCAAGUGGAGGCCAUGUGGAAGGCCCAGGAGGAGCAACGGCAGGAGAACCAGAGGCUGCGGGAGGCAGAGCGGCAGCGGGAGGCUGAAUGGGAGGCACAGCGGCAGCUGGCAGCCCGCGCGGCCAUGGUGCUGGAGGAGGAGCAGCGCCGGGCCCGGCUGCAGCUGAGGAAAGGCCUGGAUGCCUACAACCAGCAGCUGGCGCAGGAGCAGAGAGCACAGCAGCAGUACCUGCAGAGGGAGCUGUACACCAACCCGCCCAGCGCCGCGUACCACCUGCAGUUCAACACCAGCAGCCGCUAGGCCCAGCCCUGCCUUCGAAACCCCCAUGGACCGCCCCCCGCCCUGCUGGGACACGCC